AUGGCGUCCUCUUUCGUAAGGGCUCUCGGCCUUUCGAUGAUUAGUUUCCUUGGGAUUUCAAUGAUUUUUCCGGGAGGUUCUUGCUGCUCGACUUGUGGAAAACAUGAAGACAUCACACGCGAUGUGUGCAUUAUUGGAGGUGGCUCGUCAGGAACAUAUGCUGCAGUUCGGUUGCGGGAUAAGGGGAAGUCAGUGGUGGUCAUAGAGCAGGACGAGACACUCGGAGGGCACACUGAUACACUCAUCGAUCCAAGGACGAAGAAGGCUAUCAACUUUGGGGUUGCGAUUUUCGAUGAUUUGGAUAUCACUAGGGAGUAUUUCACACGGCUUGGGAUUAAAUAUAAGGAUACGUUUUUUGGCAACGACCCGGGCGUCAAACUCUACGCCAACUUUCAAACGGGGAAAAUUGUUGACCAUAAGACAUCUAACAUGUCGGCUGCACUUACUUCUUAUGCUAUGCAAGCAAUGAAAUACCCUGAAUUGGAAAAAGGAUUCAUUUUUUCUGAUCCAGUCCCAGAGGACUUGGUUAUACCUUUCUCCAAGUUCGUGGAAAAGUACGACAUUGGUGACGCACUCGAGAUAAUAUAUACUUACUGUCAAGGCUACGGCGAUCUUCUCGAGCGGCUAACGGUUUACGUGCUGAAGACUUUUGACCUUGCUGUUCUCAACGAUCUCAAAAACGGCUUCUUAAACCCGGCCAGCGGGAACAACAACGAAAUCUAUGACAAGGCGAUGGAGAUCAUCGGAUCCGACGUCCUGUUUAAAAGCCGAGUGGAAGAUGCAGAGCGUCGCAAAGACGGCGUCAAGCUUACCGUGAAGACACCAUCCGGGCGAAAGACAAUUCAUGCAAAGAAGCUUAUUAUUUCCAUCCCACCGACCCUCCACAACCUUAGGCCGUUUGGCUUGGAUGAAAACGAGAAAUCCAUAUUCGGACAGUUCAAGACCACAGGUUACUACACCUCCCUUGUUCGAGUGCCUGGCCUUCCUAAAUUUGAUAGCAUGACCAAUUACAAUCCGGACACCCCAUACAACCUGCCAAAGCUGCCGGAUAUUUACUGGAUCACUCCCACCAUCAUACCGGACGUCUACGACGUUAAGUAUGGCAGCCCUCGUGCGCUCCGCGAGGAGGACGUGAAAAAGGACAUCAUCCGGAAACUCAGACCGUUCCAAGAUGCUAGUGCUAAAGACGCCGAAUUCGUGGCAUGGUCCAGCCAUACUCCCUUCGGAGCGACGGUAUCGAGAAAAGCGAUUGAAUCGGGUUUUUACAAGAAGUUGUACUCCCUGCAAGGCAGGCAUAAUACCUACUGGACAGGAUCUGCAUUCCACGCACAUAACUCCGGCUUGCUUUGGGAGUAUACAAAGAAUUUGGUCGAUACGCUGGGGAUCUAAGAUUCGGCCACAUAGUUUCGUUUCGGUUUGAUAUAACAUAUCCUUGUCCCACCUUUCAUGAUGUGUCACUUGGCCACCUAUAGCUACAUGCCAUGUGACCGGUUGCAGAUUUUGCCUGGAGAUUCCGUCAAGUUUAUGGUGGUAAUAAGAGUUUGGAAUGUAUAUGUAGUUUAUCCCCCAGGAUAAUAUGGAUCGUCGUUGCUCAGUGGUUGUUGCUGGAUUCAACCCUGCCGGUUUCACCGAAUCGUGAAGAUUCGGUAACAUUAUGGGAUCCUGAGCAAUCAUAGAGGGAGAUUUGGCACUUAGACUGAUGUUUUGGAGGGAAUGAGACCCGGCUAGUUAUAUUGAA